GGUCUUGAAACCAAGACGCUUUGGAUCGUGCCCGGUACGUUCAUCAAGGCGGCCGACCAAGCCACCGUCGACAAGCUCGCGCAGCACCGCGGUAUCAAGACGAUCGAGCACCUGCCGGAGAUUUCGCUCGACCCCGUGCUCACACAGGCGGUCUCGGAAACCACCGCCGCGAAUGAGCCUAACCCCCAGUGGGGUGUGCAGACGGUCGGUGCGCCGGAAGUCUGGAAGACGACCAACGGCUCGGGCGUCAUCAUUGGUUCGAUCGACACGGGCGCCCGUCACACGCACGAGCUUAUCAAGGACUCGUGGCGGGCCGAUCAUGGUUGGUACGACCCCUACGACAACUCGGCACUACCCGUGGACUUGAAUGGCCACGGUACGCACACGAUCGGCACGAUGACGGGCAAGAACGGGUUCGGCGUCGCUCCCGGUGCGCAGUGGAUCUCGUGCCGCGGUCUGAGCGGGAAAACAGGCUCGUCUUGGGCGCUGCUCGAGUGCCUUCAAUUUAUGAUCUGCCCGACGCUGCCGGACGGCACAGACCCCGAUUGCUCCAAGGGUGCCCACGUCGUUAACAACUCGUGGGGUAGCAAGUGGUACGACCCGAUCUACGAAGAUGCAGUCGCUGCCCUUCAUAAGGCCGGUAUCAUUCCGGUCGUCUCCAACGGCAACAACGGCCCCGCCUGCGCAACGACGGGCAACCCCGGCGGCUAUCCGAACGUCAUCUCGGUCGGCGCCAUUGGUUCCGCCAGCAACGAACGCACCAAGCUCGCGUACUUUUCGUCCAAGGAGUGA